ACGAGUGGGUAGAGGAGAGGAGUGCCCGCCAGGACUGGGCUGGGUCGGGCAUGCCAUCACCCCCUACGGCCUGGAAUGCUGAGUUUGGGCCAAACUGUCCACGGUGACGUUGGAGGGUGAGAGUACACGUGGGACAGUAACCUUGUAGGUUCUCAAUAUUGCAUCAACUUCUCGCGACAUUAAAAACUUCAAUAAGAUAAACUCACCGUACUAGUUGUCACUUGUGUCGCGAGGGAAGAGCCGUUGGUCGCCGAGCAUCAGUUUUUUUUUUUUUGCUGAAGAUUUUCCUGCAACCGGCCAGAAGCCACGGUCACCAUCACCACUAGCUACCACUUACCACCCCGACAAUGAGCGACGACGAGCAGACCAAGCUGCUGGAGUGUGCCGGUCCUCCGUCCGCGUCGCCCGGGAAGAAACCCCCGCGGAUGCCCAAGUGCUCCCGGUGCAGGAACCACGGCUACGUGUCGCCGCUGAAGGGACACAAGCGCUUCUGCAACUGGAGAGACUGCCAGUGCCAGAAAUGCAAACUGAUCGCGGAGCGGCAGAGAGUUAUGGCGGCCCAGGUGGCUCUGCGAAGGCAGCAGGCUCAAGAGGAGGAGAUGGGGCUCUGUAGCCCAGCCACGCUGUCCAGUCAGGAGGUUGUUGUGAAGAAUGAGCCCACUGGAGACUGUCUGUCCUCGGUGUCUGGAGGACGAUCACCUACCUGUGGAAACACCUCAGCUGGUACCUCACCUUCUAAUGCAGGUAGUCGGUCUGGCCUGGCAUCCAGCCCCACAGCAUUCAGUAGGGGGCAGUCUACUGACGGAACAGCUGACCUCCUGGUGGACACCUCCUACUACAACUUCUACCAGCCGUCACGCUACCCUACAGCCUACUACAGUAACCUGUACAACUACCAACAAUACCAGAUGCCGAACGGCGAGAGUCGUCUAUCCAGCCACAACGUGUCUCCUCAGUACCGGAUGCAUUCCUACUAUUCCUCUGCCUCCUACCUCAGCCAGGGGCUAGGCCAGGGAUUGGGCCAGGGAUUGGGCCAGGGUCUGGGCCAGGUGCUGGGCCAGGGUUUGGGCCAGGGAUUGGGUCAGGGGCUGGGGUCCACGGCAGCCUGUGUUCCCCCCAUCUUCUCUCUGGAGGACAACACCUGCCAUGACACCAAGCAGACCUCCUUCUCCCCAGUCAGUGGAGGCGCUAACGGCCAUGACGGUCUGUCCUGUCUGUCCAUCAUCCUGGUCAACAGCUCUGAGGGGAAGACUGAGUGUGACGGACAAGACCAGGGACAGGGCUUUACUGUCGACUCCAUCAUAGAGGAAACCACAAGUAACCAGAGAGAGGAAGCGAAAAAACAUCUAAAAUCACACUGUUUUUGAAAUCUAUUUGUUGAAAUAAAGGUUUUGUUUCUGUAAACUUU